ACUAAGAGAUUUUUAAACUCUUUAGUUGACAGCUUUCUUAAUUGUUGUACUCUAAAUAAAAAUAAUUGCAUAUUCAAAUAUAAAAGAUAUAUAGUGAAGUACCUUUUUAGUACUUGAAUUUCUGCUAGUUAAAUUUUACUGUUAUCUGAAACUGAAGUAGCAUGCAUUAAAUCUAAUCUCUUGCAAUGGUUUAUGCUCUUUUCAGUGGAAAUUAGUAAAUCUGAAAAAAUAUUUCUAUUCAAAUGAGGACUGUUUAGUUUUUUGAAGAUUUACAUGUUAAUUGGAGAAUAUAAAAUGUUUUAACAUUUGUUCAAAUUUUUCAGUUAUAUUUUAUUGUUUGCAUGAUUUGUUUAUAAAAUUAUACUAAAGUCAUCUGUCAACUCUGUAUGACCCAUGUAAACUACAAUGGCUUGCAUUUGUAUUAAAGAAUUGAAGAUCUUAUAGGAACUACCAAUCAAAUAAGCAAAAUGUCUUGGUUCAUGAGAAACAAGAAUUGGGGAGAAACCUUCAACUUAUUAUAAGGAAUGAAUUCUACACUAUGGAAGAUUCUUUGAAUAACUGGAAAGCAUUCAUAACAAGGCACUGAAAGAAACGUCACUUGUAAAAGAAGUCCUAAAACACUGCUCAUUAACUAUUCUUUUGACUUCUGUACCUUCCACUUGUUGAUACUAUAGAAUAUGAGCAACGUAGUCAAAAAGGAAAUAUCUUGAAAAUUUUUCUUAUUUAUUAAUUUCGUCUAUUCUUUUUUAUUUCUUUUCACUUGCUAGUCAUUGAAAUUAAGCUUAUUAUCCUAAGAAAUAUAUCUAGCACAUUACAGGCAUUUUAGGUAACUAUGUUUUGCUUCUUCACUUUUCAGUAAUAGCAAUUGCUAAAAUUUAGGAUCACUCAAAUACUUAUAUAUUCUGUUUUUGUUAUAUACUCUCCUGAUAAGCUUUUAUAUAUUUAAAAUAAGUUUUUGAAACAAUGUUUUAACAAAUAUUUAUUUGAAAAUUUUAUCAAAAACAUAAAUGUAUUAUAUUGGCUUUUUAAAAACUGAUUAUUUUACAUAAUGUUAGAAGACAAAGCUGCAUCUCAAUCCUUUGAAUAAUAGUAGUUUUUAAAUUUUCAAAUAUUUGAAAAUAUUGAUUUACAAAUGGUCAAAAUGUAUUUGGAGGGAUGGCACCAAAUAAUUAACCACUGUUAACUACUUGCACUUUUUUAAGAACUGCAAAGAACCAGAAAAAAUAAAUGGUUUUCGAAUUUAAUAUAUUACCUGUUUAUUACUGUAGAAUAUUAUAUUUCAUAAUUUUUAACUGUUGUAUCUUUGUUGAUUGGUGUAUGUAGUUUAAUUUUGAUGCACAUUUAAAAAGUGUGAAAUUUGAAAUAUGUAUAUAUUACUUAUUUGUGUAUUUAAUUAGAAAGAUUCCAUCUUUAUUCAGUCUUCAAACUAUUCUAUGUUAUAAUUUUCAUUUGAAAGUUCCAUUAUAGGUACUUUUAAAAUAUCCAUAUAAAAUACUUAAUAGAGCAGAAUAUUUUAUUAACACUUUCUCAUGUAACUUAUCAGAUAUGCUAUUUUUGAAAAUAGUUUUAAGUCUUUCAAGUCUUAAUUUAUAUUCUACUCAUCAAUUGGAGUGGGAAUCUCUUUCAAUGUUCAUUAAUUUUUUUAUUAACAGCUUACAUAGACUUUUUUUGGAUCAAAUAUCAAUUUUUAUGAUGGCUGGAGUAUGAUUUUUCCAUCUUGAAUAUAGGAGGCUCUAUUUAUAUUUUGACUUUCAGUAUCAUUUUAAUUAUAAGAAAAUACAUAGAUUUGAUGAAUCUUUUAUCAUCAUUCUUAUAUCAUAUUUCAUGGCAUUUCCCAUAAUAUUGUGUUAUGUUGAAAAUUUUUGAAUAUGUGGCUUUCAAUAAUAAUAUUGGGUUGGCAACUAAGUAAUUGCGGAUUUUUUUUAGAAAAUCAAUGACAAUUUUUUCAUGGAACUAAAUAACUUUAUUCUGUAAUGUAUUGCCCAUUUUGAUCAAUGACCUUUUGCCAUCUUUCAUGCAGCAUCAUAAUCCCACAUUCAUAAAACUUCUGGUUUUUAUUAGCAAAAAACUGAAUCAGGUACGAUUUGACAUCAUCAUCAUCAUUAUUGAAAUUUUUACCAUUCAAGGAGUUUUGUAAAGAUCGAAACAAAAAGUAAUCAGAUGGUGCAAGAUCAGGACUAUAUGGUGCAUGUGGCAAAACAUCCCAACCAAGCUCCAAUAAUUUUUGCCGAGUGACCAAAGAUGUGUGUGGCCUUGCAUUGUCAUGAUGGAAUACAACACCUUUUCGAUUUGUCAAUUCUGGCCGCUUUUCUUCAACUGCAUUGUUUAAUUUCGUUAGUUGUUCAAUCUAGACAUCAGAAUUGAUCGUUCGGUUGGGUGGUAAGAAUUCAAAGUAGACAAUUCCUUUGUAAUCCCACCAAAUUGAUAACAAAACCUUCUUUUGAUGAAUAUUAGCUUUUGAUGUUGUUUGAGUUGCUUCACCUGGCCUGCUCCAUGAUCUUUUCUGCUUGAUAUUGUUGUAAACAACCCAUUUUUCAUCGCCAGUUAUCAGUCGUUUUAAAAAUGGAUCAUUUUCAUUACGUUUCUUUAGCAAAUCGCAGCUGUUAAUGCGUUGCGUUAAAUGCGUUUCUUUCAGUUCGUGAGGAACCCAUGUAUCGAGUUUUUGAACAUAGCCAAGUUGUUUUAAGUGAUUUUCAAUGCAUGUAUGUGAUACAUGAAGCUUCUCUGCAAUCUCGCGUGUUGUACUGUGACGAUCCGAAACGAUUAUUGCUUUGAUUAGGUCGUCAUCAACUUCAACUGGACGACCAGAGCGUUUUUCAUCUUUGAGUGAAAAAUCACCAGAACGAAAUUUUGCAAACCAAUUUUGACACUGCCGUUUUUUUAAGGCUUUGUCACCAUAAACAGCACAUAACUUUUUAUGAGCUUGCGAUGCGUUUUUCCCUUUGCAGAAAUAAAAAAGCAAAAUAUGACGAAAAUGUUCCUUUUGAUUUUCCAUUUUUCAACGAACGCCAAACGAAAACUACGCAACCGAUCAAAAAACUUUUUUUACUAAUUGACAGUUGAAUUUCCAACUAUCAAAUAACAAAAUGUGUUUUAUAUUUGUACUACGUCUGCAAACCUAAAAAUUCAACUGAAGCCAUCUAUGAGUGAAAUCCGCAAUUACUUAGUUGCCAACCCAAUAGUUUGUAAUUUUGAAAAUUUUCUUCCUUUAAAUUUCUGAAUGAUAUUGUUAUUUGAGAAAUGAAAUGUUGCAGAAAUAAUAUGUUGUUCACUAAAACAUUUUGUUUUGUGGGAUUUUUUCAUACUUAGAAGUUGUUUCAUUCAUUCAAACUGCUUUUUCCUGUGAUAAUAGACUUCGUUUAAUAAAGAAAUAAUUAAAAAUCAUUAAAAAUUAAUAUUAAUUGCUAUUGAUUUUCCAGAUUGUUUUGUGGUUUGUGUGUAGUAUUUACUGGGACUUUCAGAUAGAUUUUUACUUCCAUGGAUAAAGCAACUGAAAAGAAUAAAAAAUUUAGAAGUUUCUUUUAUUUUUCUUUAUUAUGCAUAUAUACAUGACAAUAUUACAUACAUACAGUUUAUCUUCAAGGUUGCAUAAAUUGUUUGCCUUUUUAAAUCGGGAAGAAAUUUAAAAAGGCAUUCGAUUUCCCCCCCCUCCCCUCCCUUCUUACUUUGAUUUAUGCGUUGCAUCGUUCUGUUGAUGAAAGCAUUUCAUAACCCCAUAGAAUCUGCCAAAAGAAAACAUGAGGAGUGUUUGGAAAAUCAUCUUUUUUUCAUGGUUGUUUUAUGUAUUGAUAGAUGUAUUAAUUUUCUUUUGCAGCAUGGAACUAGCAGUGCAAAGGCUUCUAGCAGUGGAGUCAGUUAUGACACUCAUACAAGUGAGGUUAAGUCGGAUUCUAGCUCUAGUAGUGAUGAUGAAAAUGGUUUUGUCUUGCGAGGAGAUUCCAAUUCACUGAAGAGGAGUUUUAGAAAAAGAGGUUCAUCUAGUGCAAGUGAGGAGGUUACUUUAGAAGAUGCCACAUCACCUCAGUUUCACUCGGGUAGCCUUACUCGUGAAAGAUUGCUUCCAUCUAUUUAUGACGAUGAUGCCCAAAGCGGAAACCCAAGUGGAAUCUUUGAAAAGAAAGAUUUGGCCUUCAGAUCAUCUUUCAAUUCAUCUUACAAUAGAAGUCCGGAUAGUAGUCCUUCUUUUGGAAUAGACAAUAAAACUGAAAAGUUACCAGGUUUAUCUUUAGAGCAUUCUAGUAAUGAGCAAAAUCAUGAAAGUAAAUCCUCAUCACCAAAAAUUAAAAAUUACAAUGAAGAUAGAUCUAGGAAGUCACCAUUUGAUGGAAAAUCCUCUAAAUGUAGAUCACCUGACAAACGAUCUAGGUAUAGCAGGAGUCGUAGUAAAAGUCAUGAUAAGAGAAAUGGUCGCAGAUCAAGGAGUCACAGUCGAAGCAAAGACAAAAGAACAAAGAGUCCACAUGAUGAAAGGCGUCGAAGUCGGAGCAAAGACAGAAAAUCGGGAAAAGACAGGAGGAGGCUAUCUAGAAGUAAACGCAGUCGCAGUCGAGAUUCACGUCGACGUAGUAGAAGCCAUAGUCGAGAAUCUCGUCGACAAAGUAGAAGCCGUAGCAGAGAUUCUCGCAGGCGAAGUAGAAGCCGCAGCUUUGAUAGGCAUAGAGGCAGUCGAUAUGGAGGAAGAAGAAGAAGCUCUAGUCGUGACAAGUAUCGUAGGAAGCGCUACUCUCGCAGUAGGAGUCGAUCCCGAGAUCGUUCUAAAGGAGGUUCCAGUUGUCGAAAACCAGGUUCUCUUCCUUUAUCGACAUCUGCUGGUGCCAUGACUCCACAAAUGGCCCUACAACAGACUAUGGCAGCCAUGAGUGCUAAAGCACAAGCUCUGACUGGCAUUGCUUUACCUAAAUAUUAUAAUCCAGCUGCUGUUAAUCCUCUAAAAUAUGCUGAACAAGUUCAAAAACGAAAGUUACUGUGGCAACCGAAAGAAAAAGUUGAAGAACAACAAAAAAACACUGUCUGGGAUAAGUUAACAUUUGCACAAGACCAAGAUGGCAAAAUGACUGCUAAGUUCCGUAAAUUAAUGGGUAUUAAAUCAGAAACUACUACUAAUGAAACUGAAGAUUCUGUUCUUAAGCGCCAAGAGGUUAUCUUCCAAGACUUAGACAAACAGUAUGAAAUGGCACGUAUGACUACUCAUACACAAAGAGGUGUAGGAUUGGGAUAUUCAGCUCAAACUCUUUAUCCUCCUGUCCAAAAGUAAUCCUACUACAUUCAAACAGAAAUUGCAUUUUUGUAUAUUAUUUGGCAAUGGGGAAUUUGUGAAAGUAAUUGGUUUUUCAAUUAUAUUUUUACAAAGUAUUCCUAAUUUUCAUUUCUGCACUUACAAAGGAAAAAAAGAUAGUUGUUUUAUCAAGCAUUUCAUGUGUCUGUAAAAUGAUAUUGAUCCUAAUUUCAUUUUCUUGGUAAUGCAUGCUAGUUUACAAAAUUGUUUUGCUGUGCACAUUUAUAUCUUUUUGUUGCAAAUGUAAAUAAACAUUGUAUAGCUGUGCGAUGUUUUCUAAAAGGUGGAACUUACAUGUUUUAAAAGUUCAUUUUUUUCCCUCCUUUCAAAAGGCUGUUUAUAUUUUUUAUUGAAAUCCAAAGCACAAUGUUAUGCUAUAAUGAACGAAUUUGCAUUGUCAGUAGUUCAAAUUUAUUUGAAACUGAUCUUUUUUUUCUUACUAGAUAGCUAACAUAUGAAUGUGAAAAAUAUAUUUGGAAUUAAAAUGUCCAAGCCAAACUGUCGUUAUGAAAUAUUUUGAUUUUCAAAGAAACUGGAAUGACCCUUUGUACUCGGAAAAGUAAUUGGAUGCAUAAUUAUUCACUUAAUACAUGAACUUGUUUAUUACACCAAAAAUAAAUAUAUACAAUUUUUUUGAGUUUUCCUGAAAAAUGAAUUUACCAUUCUGUAGUUAUUUUUAAAAAUUAAAAUUAAAUAAAUUAAUAAAAUGUCAAAAUGAUGCACUGACUUCAAUGGUGCUUUAGAGAAGACAUUCAAGUGCAAAGGGUUAUUAAUCUUUGUUGAAUAAAAAAGAUUUGUCAAAAAUUUCUAAGAAUUUGGAGGUAAAUAGUGUAAUUUUUAAUGCAUUCUCUUCUUUAUAUUUUUUACUAGACUUUCUGCAAAUAUUUUUUAUUAGGUAGACUUUGCUAAAAGGAUAUCUGUAAAUUUCUAAUACUAAAGCAAAUUUAUGUAUUUUUCCAUCAUCAUUGCAAUUAAGUUAAGAUUUAUUUGGAAUUUCAUAAUAGUAUCAUACAUUUUUUUGAAGAAUAAUAAAUGGUUUCUGUAGAUACCAUUUAUGCUGUAUCGAAAUCCUAAAGUGUGUGAAAGUGGGACACAAUUUUGUGAUAUAUUAUAGUCAUUACUCAUCAGGUUGAAGUUGUGAAAGUGUUUUCUGUAUGUAGAAACUGUACUUUCUUUUCCUGUUAAUUUUUGUCCAUCUGUGUAUCAAAGUGUUGUGUUACUGUAAUAAAAAAAAAUAUUUAUCAAA